AUGCGGCCGUACCCUCUGCGUUCGAACCCCCGCGAGCGGUGCUCCUUCGGAGGCUUCACGCACAGCAAAUCAGACCCAUCAUUGCUUCUACUUCGACAACAACAAGUUAAUAUAUAUCUAUUGAUAUAUGUUGAUGACAUUCUCCUGACGGGCGACAAUCCGGCUGCAAUUACCGAGCUUCUCAGCAAACUAAACCUCAAAUUUGCCAUGAAGAACCUUGGGGAUGCACAUGCCUUUCUCGGCAUACAGAUCCGAAAGCAUAAUUCUCAAUACUUUCUAUCCCAAGAAUCUUACGCCGUGACUAUUCUUCAACAUGCCAAUUUGCUCGAUUGCAACGGGCUAGCAAGUCCGACGUGCACUAAAUUUCCCUCAGACUUCGGCCAAGACUCGCAUUUGUCUGAUCCCAGAACAUACAGAAGCAUUACCGGAGCUCUUAAAUACCUCACACUAACUCGCCCGGACAUAGCAUUUAGUACCAAUCUUCUAUCCCAGCACAUGCAUGAUCCCGGUCCUCAACAUGUCUACAUGCUCAAACAUCUUCUGCGAUAUAUCAAAGGUACGCUAGAUUUUGGAUUACCAAUUACAAAGAGUAACUUGAUCCUUCGUUCUUUUUCAGAUGCCGACUGGGAGGGGGAUCCAAUAUCCCGGAAAUCUACAUCCGGAUUUUGUUCUUUCCUCAGUGACACCCUCAUAUCCUGGACGGUGAAGAAGCAACAUACGGUAGCACGCUCAUCGACGGAAUCAGAAUACCGAUCGCUAGCAGCUCUCACAGCGGACAUUAUCUGGCUCAAAAGAAUCCUCACAGAUUUCGGCAUCCCGUCCGAUCAGCCGACUGAUCUAUUUUGCGAUAAUACAUCAGCUAUCGCUCUUGCAAAUAAUCCAGUUUUUCAUGCAAGAACGAAGCACAUUGAGAUUGAUCAACGUUUCGUCCGCGAUCACAUCACAAAUCAUAAUAUUCGUCUUCUACCCAUAAGCACGGUUGAUCAAGUUGCCGAUAUACUUACCAAGUCGUCGCUGUCUACACCAAGGUUUCAGCAGCUCAUAACCAAACUAACCACUUUGCAGCUCCAAUUCUGCUCCAACCCCCAUGUACUCCGCUCUGACCCUUGCUCACGAGCCCGCGUGCUUGUUCCCACACGGUUCACGUGCGCCCUGAGAGCCUCCUACAACCAGCCCGCUGCCCUGAGCGGCAUGACUAGUACCUCUUAUGUAACCCUACUCGUAAUCGCAACGCCAAACUGCACAUGUAGCUCCGAUCUGCAGGGCACCAUGCCUCUUCGCCUCGCUUGCACUGGUUUGACCACAUGUCUCCACUCACGCGGGUACGCCCUUACUCGCAUGUGA